AUGGUAGCCAAGAACAACCUAGUCACCACAAGACCAGUAAAGUCAUCUGGCAGAGUCAAUGCAAUGGAAACACCUUUCCCAGAAAAGAUGACGGGCCCAGUAGAAGACAACAGAGAGCAGAAUGAUGACAUCAUCAAAGAACAUAAGAAGGGGCUCAUUGUGGCAGAUGAUUUGAAGAGAUUCCUCUACAAAAAGUUACCAAGUGUUGAAGAUCUUCAUGCCAUUGUGUCAGACAGGGAUGGAGUGCCUGUUAUCAAAGUGGCAAAUGAUAAUGCUCCAGAGCAUGCAUUGAGACUUGGUUUCCUGUCCACUUUUGCACUUGCAACGGACCAGGGCAGCACACUUGGCCUUUCAAAAAACAAAAGUAUUGUUUACUACUACAACAUAUACCAAGGCGUCCAAUUCAAUCGGUUACCAUUGGUGGUGAGUUUCAUAGCAAGCAGCAGUGCAAAUACUAGACUGAUUGUCAGCCUACAAAAGGGACUUGUCCCAUUACUUGAAGAGUUGAGACAGGUUGUGAAAGGUUCUUAA